UUUGUUAAAUUGUCAAUCUUUUUUUCGGACGGACAUCAUCUACAGAAGGUUAAGGAUCUUUAAAAAUCCAUUCUUAUUUUCAAUCACAAGACACUCCAACAACUCUGGUCCUUUUGUAAACACCAUUACCGCUUUUCUCGUCCUAUGUUUACACUUUCCUUUUAACUAUACUGGGAACUGGUAAAACCGUAUGUCCAGCGUUUCAUUACGGCCUUAUUUCUUUAUUUUGUUUUAUAAGCGCUAUUACGGGCAUUGUUUUUCUUCUUGUUCUGUGUUAAUUUCCUAAGAAUAUACAAAUUUUUUGAGAUUAAAAAGACGAUUUUGGUUAUUUUGUAUUGAAAGAGUACCGUUUGAGAUAUUGAACAUAAAAAUGUGCGAUAUUUUUAAUAAAUUCGACAGCAACGGAGCUGGGGGUGACGAUUCAGAAGACAUUAUGGCUUCACCAUCACAGAACAGUCCUAUGGCGAAUGUUAAUACCAAUUCUGUGCCUUCAAAUGUCGGCAAUUCAUCGAAUAGCGGAACAAAUACUUUAGCAAGUAAUAACAAUAACAGUAACAGUAGCAAUAACGGGGCUGGAAGUUCAAGUAACACUUCCGCCACUAGUAAACCUGCAACAGCAGCUGAAAGUCAGCCGAUUUUAACAAAACCUCGCUUAUUGGAGUUGGUGCGCGAAGUUGAUGUUUCUGCUCAGCUGGAUGAAGACGUUGAAGAGCUUUUACUACAGAUAGCUGAUGAUUUUGUAGAGGAUGCCGUAAAGGCAACUUGUGCAUUUGCUAAACAUCGUAAGGCACCCAAGGUUGAGGUACGCGAUGUUCAGUUACAUUUAGAACGCAAAUGGAAUAUGUGGAUUCCCGGUUUUGGUACUGACGAAUUAAGACCUUAUAAGCGUGCUGCCAUCACAGAAGCCCAUAAGCAACGGUUGGCUUUAAUUAGGAAAACUAUUAAAAAAUAUUAAAUUCUUUUCUUUUUUUGUUUCAAAUUACAAACUAUGUAACCGUGGGCGACUGGGUACUUGAAAAGUGCCCAUAUUUAUAAUAUUUAUUUAUAAUA